AUGUAUCUAUCCCAGAACAGUGAUAUGUAUGUUUUCCAGGCCUCUCCAGUGAUUGGAUUUGCAGGAAAGAAAUCUUUAAAUCAGAACGAAUACCUGUUUGAAGGUGACACCAGUCAAGAGACAACAGCUCCAGUAGAUGAUAAUGAUGAUGUCAUGUCCAGCAUGUCAGAAUCACUGUUGUCACAUCAAAACAUACCAUUCACCAACUCUAAUGCACCAGUAUCAUCACAGACCUGGAGAAAGGGUAUGGGGACUAAGGGGGAUAACUCUCAGAGCAGGCAUGUAAAGGGGCACAACUCAGACUGGAUGGGUCACAGCCAAGGAACACAGUUCAGUCCAAGUAUUUUAGGCCCACAACAUGUAUCUCAGAUGCAACAGAGCUUUAAAACCAGCCUGCCAAAUGAGGGGUCAGUUUUGUCAGGGUUUAAUGAAGAAGAAGUAGACUUGUUGCACAAAUGUCAAAACAGAUUGAAGGACAUCAAAAUCCUACUGAAUACUUCAAGUAACAACCAUCAGGAUGUGAUGGUAAAGAUAGGAGAGACACAAGGCCUUAUUAUUCAGGGACUUGAGACACUACAUUCUUCAAAUGGUGUUAUAAGUUCAGACUGGAAAACUCGUUUUGAAACUUUAAAGGGACAUCUGGGUCAAAUCCGACAAGCUCAUGAUGUCAAACGAGAGCAACUGGCAUUACAGGUCAAACAGAGAGGUCAAACCAAAGACAAGAGACAAAAAAUUCACAAAGAGCUAUUGUCACUGAGCAUGCAACAAAAGUCUCUCUUGAAUCUUUUCCAAAAACAACAAGACAUCAACAAGCUCAUGAAAUCCUGUAUUCAGACAGCUCAGUCCAGUGAUUUAUCACAGCAGAAGACUUUGAGUUCAAGGUCAUCACCAGUGUCAGACCCAAGGUCAUCACCAAGGUCACAUUCAAAUUCUAGGUCAGUACCAAGGUCAAGGUCAUCUUUGACAAAAUCACCACUAACUUUAAGUGGAUCUAGCAAAUCAAGUCCGUCAGUUACGAAAUCAGCUCAGAAUGAAAAACUGCCUAAUGAAGAUUUAAAGAAGAAGAGAGAGGAAGAAAGUCAAGCUGAAUGGAACACAAUAUCAGCAUCAACAACUGACAUGACUGCCUCAAAAUUGGGAGACAAAGAAAAGACAUUUAGCAGAGGAUUUGACAGUGAGACACAGCCACUUGCCUCAGAGACAAGAAAUUGGGUUCAUGUCCGAUUGUAGCUCAGGUUUAAAAACUACUUCUGGGACUCCAGCAGAUCUUGAUACAACUGCUGUUAAACGCAUGGAGAAUGUUAAAAAAAUCCAUGGUGGUGACUGGUGUGGGGUUGAAGAGGAAGACGGCUGGGUUAGAGGCAGAGGGACAACAAGACACAAAACCUCCACACAUGCUGUAAUAUGUGUUCAUGCUCUACAUGGUUCAGAGAAGAAAAAGUGUUUGAAUCCAGAAGGAAUACAGGUUAGUGGUAAUUUGCUGUCAGGUAAAGGUUCUGAGGCAGGUGAUGUGAUAGUCGUCCAGCCAAGUCAGAAACAACCAGUCCACAUGGGCAAUAAAGAGAUGAAGAGUGCAAACAUCCUUUAACAUUGGACGAGGUGUAACGGGUGUGAGUCUGCUGUGAUGAAGGAGUGCAACGUCAGGCAAUGUUGGACAAAGUGUAGCAUGGUGUGAGACUGCUGUGAUGAUGUCAGCUAAGUCACAGAGUCAAGACAAAAUGUUGUGCACCAACAGGAAGGAGAGUUCCAUGGGAUCAAACAGCGUAUUGGUCAGCCCGGGGGUUCCAGGACAUUAACAGGUUCCACAGUUUCCAAACAACCAGAAGAGCUGGGAUAUCAACAACUGGAAAGUACAUUUGCUCAAACGAAAAGCUCUAUCACAAACCUCCCUCAAGCUGGCCCAGUGUUUAAAUCUAGUACUGAUACAGCAUCUUUGACCACCCCCAAAGUUCUACCUUCGAGUGACAUAAGAUUUCAUUGUACAGAUUCUGUUCUUCAGACAGCUGCUGUUGGAUCAAAGCAGGACACUAUCCUACCCUAAUGUCACACCUUACAAAGUUCUGCCCAAGUUACCUGGCAGGAAAAACAACUGUGCUCCGCACAGUUAUGCUUCAAAGGUUUUACCUGAGAAACAGAGCCAUGCGCAAGUCAGUGGUGACGAUCAGGUAAACUCGGCUGCUGAGAUGUCUCGAAGUGAUGGAUGCAGUGGUAUGCGACAGGUUCAGUCUGCUGGUUGUAAGCCUCACGGGACUGAGACAUCACAGACACUGGUAAAUGUAAGCCUUACUGUAAAGUUGUAAGC